AUGGGUCAAGGAUCUUCUUCCUCUCUCCCGACCUCCCUACCCCAAUACGCACUCCAUUGUCUCCGAGUAGCCGAAGGAUCACCAUCAGCAGGACUGAUCGAACCUUUCUUCGAUUAUCUCAUAGGAGUCGGGGUUGAAGGAAUGGAAGGAUUAAGUCCUAUUGAAUUAAGUCAAAUUUUAAGUCGACAUGAAGGGAAAAGAAUAUCUUUAAGGGUUUAUAAUGCCAAAAGUCAAAGAAUAAGAGAAUGGUCCAAAACCUCUUUAAUAAAUUCAGAAUCUAAACCUUCCCUCUUAGGUCUCAGUCUAAGAGUUUGUAAUCCCGCACAUGCUCUUGAAUCCGUUUAUCACGUAUUGGACGUAUUAGAAGGUAGUCCAGCCGAGAUGGCUGGGUUAGUACCAUGGGGUGAUUUUGUAUUAGCUUGGUCUGGAGGUCCAUUACAUUCCGAAAAUGAUUUUUACCGUUUAAUUGAGAAUCACGUCGAUAAACCAUUACGUUUAUUCGUUUACAAUUCCGAUCUUGAUAACCUACGAGAAGUCGUACUUUAUCCUACACGACAAUGGGGUGGAGAUGGUCUUAUAGGUUGUGGAAUAGGAUAUGGUCUUUUACAUAGAAUACCUCAACCUCUUACUCCUCCAGAAACUGUUUUCGCUGCUGAUGCUUAUUUCGGUGAUUUAUCUUCCCCACUUCCUGUAUCCUCUGUCACUUCGGUGGGGUCAUGA